CCUGUAACUCUGUCCUGCUCCUCCUCCUCCUCCUCCUCCUCCUCCCAUCUCUUACGUUUGAUGGGGGGGUGCAGCGAUGAUGUCACAGUGAUGUCAUUGUGGGAUGUGUGAUUCGCUGGCUAGGUGAGCUGGUCUUGCGGUGAGUGGUGUCCCCUCCACGACCAGCGCGUUGCCUGUCCAGAGGCGCGGAGCGGCGAAACAUGAUCAUCGCCAACGGCACCAAUUCAAGCUCCGACGCGCUCCGUCCCUCUCCUGCUGCUCAGAUCUCGGGCUAUGGGGCCCUGAUCUGCCUCGAUCCCCAAACAAGCCUUUACCACCACCAUGCCAAAGGACAAAACGCAAGAAGAGUUGCAUUGAUAGGGCAGGUAACUUUGACUACGUGCCCCAAGGGUAAAGUGGAUGGCCAUUGCGCAAAGGUGCCUCUACAGCAUGUCCAGCGGGGCCAGGACGCACUGGACGCUACCAGCAGUUCUUGUACUGUGGACUUCUCUCUGGGGGAUCGUUUCAUCUUAUCCGAUUCCGAGCAGGACUAACGCGACUCUACUGGAAAGGAAGUGGGAGACACUCUUCUCCCGCUCCUAUCUGGGCAUAGCGGGGGGGAAGUCGGAGCUCAACUGGGAGAGCGACUACUUGCAGGGCAUCAAAAGAGUGCGGCGACUGUACUGCAACGUGGGCAUUGGGUUUCACCUGCAGGUGCUCCCGGACGGCAGGAUAAGCGGUGCACACAAUGAGAACCAAUACAGUCUCAUAGAGAUCUCCACCGUGGACCGAGGAGUGAUCAGCAUGUUCGGGGUGAGGAGUGAGCUGUUUGUCGCAAUGAACAGCAGGGGAAGGUUAUACGGAACGAGAGCCUUCGUGGACGAGUGCAAGUUCAAGGAGACGUUGCUGCCCAACAACUACAACGCCUACGAGUCUUUUGUUUACAAGGGCUUCUACGUCGCCCUCAGCAAGCAUGGCCGCGCCAAGAGGGGCGACCGGGCCACCACCGCCAUGACCGCCACGCACUUCCUCCCGCGACUAUGAGAGACGCUGGCAAUGACCCCCCCCCCGAAAUUUGCACAUGUGGAUGUUCUUCCAGGUAAUAUAGAAACCGAUGGACUGCGAAGGAAAACACAUAUUUAUUCUAUUUAUAUAUGUAUAUAUAUACAUAUACAUGUAUAUUUGAAAAGCUAUCUUUGUAUAUGUACCGUGCUGCUUGUUGUUUUUACGGACGGGGAGAGUUGAAGCCUUCGCCUGUCUCACGUUACCUGGGUGCUUGCUGUAACUGAACUACGUGUCACUUCCUUUUUGGAGACGGAGGACGAGCUGCAUCCUGUGCUUUUAAAGAGUGAAACGAAUACUUUUUAUUACCUCAAAGAACACUGAGUCAAGGGAUGCAUGGACUUCUGCUGAAAAUGUCUGCUAGGUUUAUGAUUUUUUUUUUUUUUCCCAAACCUUUUCGAGUGCUCGAUGGCUCCCUGCUCGAUCGUCCAUGUCCUGCAGUGGGGGAAACUUAAAUGCACUACCUUUGCUGCACGAAAUGAAAGGUGCCUUGGUGUUCCCACUUGUGGCCCCCUUAAACUUGCAUGUAAGAGACACCUGCUGGAGUCAGAAAUAGGGCUGACGCUCCGCAGAGGGCCUCAGAGGGGCCGGCGGGGGGAAGAGGGGGGGGGGGGUGGACUAUCUCUGGUUUAUUUUCUUUUCCGUAACUAGAUCGAUUAAGUAAUAUACAAUCUGCGGUUGAGACCAGAGAGCGGUUAGCCAUUGGAGGUGAAACGAGGCCGUGCGUUUGAAUGUGUGCCGUCGCCAGCUGACAAACAG